AUGGUUGAAAGUUCAACCAUAGCUGCUACUACAUCAAAAUCAAGUGGUAGCACAACAACCAUAGAUUCAAAUCACCCUUACUAUCUUCAUGCCUCUGAUGCACCUGGUAUGGUGUUGGUCAAUAAUCUCUUUGAUGGAAGAGCUAAGAACAAGCUGGGCUUCAUUACUGAUACUACUCCAUCUGAUGGAUCUCCAGAUUUGCAACCUUGGAGUAGGUGUAAUGAUAUGGAUGAAAAUCAGAGAGAAUCAUAUAUGAGUCCAUUCCUUUCCUCAGAUUCUUCUUCUUUUAUGGUUAGUAACAUCAACCAAUUUAAACUUGGAAAGCAGAUUCAGAGGACUAUAGGCCCUUCACAGAGAUCUAGGAAUUCAUACCCCAGGUUCCAUAAUCAACGACGGCAUCAACAACAACAACUGAGGUUUUACAAACAACCACAAAAGUUCAAAAGAAAAAAAGCAAAGUUUAAUCCUAAUGUUUCUUGCACUUAUUAUGGAAAAGUGGGUCAUGUUGCAGAUGAUUGUUACAGAUUAAUUUGGUUUCCUGAGGAUUUUCAGUUCACAAAUGAAAAGGAUUUUCAAAUCGGGGGUAAUGGGGCCUUAUCCACAGAAGAAGGUGAGAACAUGACCAACAAUCAUGCAUUUACUAACACCAACAAUCAGUCUUACAACAAAGAGCAAUACAAUCAGUUUAUUCAGAUGUUUAAACAAAUGAAGGUGGAUGAGGCAACAAACACUACUGUUGGAUCUGAAAUCAACACAAAUGCAACAGCUGUACCUGGAUCAUUGAUUGAGGCCACUCAUGUUGGAAUCAUUUCUAUCCUUCCCAACUUUACUUUACACAAUGUUUUACCUUUCAAUGAGGGUCACAUAUUUGGUAAAGCAAAGGAGGGUUCUCUACUUGUUCCAGCCAGUCCUAAGGAGUCUAGUUCCAGUCUCAGCAGAAAUAUUUCUAGUAUAUUUGAUGUUGUUCCUACUAUUUCUAAUUCCAAUUAUGUUGAUAUUCCUAGUAUUUCUAGUUCUGUUUCUAUUCCAGUUUGUGAAAAUGCAACUUCUAAUUUCAAUGCCAAAGUAAAGGUAGUCAGAUCAGAUAAUGCUUUGGAACUAGGAAAAACUGAAGCAUGUUUACAAUUUUUCAACUCAAAUGGAAUUAUUCAUCAAACUUCUUGUGUAGCUACCCCGCAACAAAAUGGAGUAGUUGAGAGAAAACACAAACAUUUACUAGAAAUGGCUAGGGCCUUGUUAUUUCAGUCCAAAGUUCCUAUUACCUAUUGGGGACAUUUUUCAGAUUCAAUAUCUAGUUCACAACCUAGUAUCCCACAUCCUACUUCUCCUGUUUCACCUACUGUUUCUAUUUCUAAUUCCCCAAUCCCCAUCAGUUUCAACCCCUAA